UGACGAUUUCAAGCUACUGAAUUUGCUAAUAUCAAGGCGGUGGUCUUAACUUUUAACAGUAACAAGAUGAUGAUUUAUUGAUGGUUGAAAAUGAUCCAACGGGGAAAGCGUGGAAUAAGGAGGCGUGGUAAGUCCCCAUUGGCAGUUUCACUUGUUCUACGGUUCCGUGCAAGGCAUACGACUCUCCCCAAGAAUCGGAUCCCGUACUUUUACUUGGUCUCAGAUCACAACAAAUCCCCACCUUUUUCUCACCGUAAUUACUACGAUACUAUCCUCCUGGACAACAUAUAUUCUGCAAUCCCAUCCCAUUUUUUCUCCCCCUAAGCUCCUUUUUUGCUCAAACCAAUCACAAUCACAAUUUCAAAAAAUCAUGACAGUAAAAGGAGGAACUUCCCCAGCCUGCGCAGCUUGCAAAUACCAGAGAAGAAAGUGUGCUUCUGAUUGCGUCUUGGCACCUUAUUUCCCAGCUAACCAGCCUAAAAUGUUCCAGAAUGCACACCGGCUCUUCGGCAUCAGCAACAUAACAAAAAUACUCAAACAGUUGGACGACGAGGAUCAGAAGGCCGAUGCCAUGAAAUCAAUCAUUUUCGAAGCCGAUAUGCGGGAGAGAUUCCCCGUUUAUGGCUGCGUCGAGUACAUUUGUUACCUCCGUCAACAACUCCAACAAACCAUGGACGAACUCCAUUACGUCUACACGCAACUCGCCCUCUGCAAAGAGCAGCAAUUAUUAGGUUCCGUGGUUAAUUCCCAUAACAAUAACAAUAAUAAUAAUAGUAAUAAUUAUGAUCAUCAACAGCACACAUUAUUACAGCAUUAUGGGAUGAAUAAUGCAGCGGAAAUGCCUUAUCCUAUGAAUGUUAUGUUUGGUGGUGGUGAAGAUGAUAUGGGUGAGGGAGAGUCCAGUGAGAGUGUGGGAAAGCCAAAUUUGUUAGGUGUGGAACCCUCAUCUUACUACGAACAUCCCACUGAUGUUCUAGUGAAAAAUACUAAUUAUAACAAUCAUAUGUCACUUCCAUCAUUUCCAAAUGAGCAUUCUCAAGAUUAUGGUUUGGUGGCUUUCAAUAACACUAUAGCCGAUGAUAGACAAUCCUAUAUUGAAACGAAGGAGACCUGCGAGUCAAGUUCGGAGUCAUCGUUUAAAGACACAACACAAUCGAACGAGGAGUUAUCCCGGAGUGAGCUCAAAAAUGCUGCUGCCUACUUCAGUCUCACCAGUUAACAAUUGAUAA